AUGUCGCGCUCCGAACCAGGCGUCAGCUUCAAAGGCAGUUUCGACUCUGCUCGAGGUGACGCUGCACACGCUCCUGUGUUGCAGGGGCUGUCGAAGGAUCUCGAGCUCGGUCUCCUCCGCCGCGUCACUGUCGUCAUCAAGGCGAUGGACGGUCUGCCGCUAGAGAGGUUCAUCAUCGACUUUGGAUUCAUGCAGAUGGAUGCGCUAGACGGCGGGAACAGGGAUGCCAAGUGGGUUGAGCUAGCGCAACGAGCCUCACCGUGCGACCUGGAGGGCCACGCAGCGUAG